AUGGACAGGAAGGAGCCUGUGGAUUUUUCUUCUUGCAUUCACUUUGAAGCCUCUGGUGACUCUGAAGUGGAUUGUGAUCCCAUCAUGGGUAGUGAAAUAGCCAGAGAUGAUGAUGGUGAUGCUUGUAAUGAUAAUGAUGAUGCUCUAUCUUGUAGCUACGAUGGAUCUGGUGCUUGUAAUGCUGCUGAUCUUGAUGGGUAUGUGUCUUGGGAUGAACAUGAUGAUGAUGAUGAUGAGAAGAAAGAGGAUGUUUUUGGAGUGUCAUGUUGUGAAGAUGAUGAUGAGAUGCAUGAAGAAAACAUGAAAUCUUACGUGUCUUUUGAUUCAGGCCAAGAGUUUGUGGAUGAGGUGGAAAAGAACAGGCUAUUCUGGGAAGCUUGCUUGGCAUCUUGA